UUCCACUGACGGGAGACAUUAUUUUUGUACCGGACCCUGUAGACCAGUCUGCAGCCUUCUUCCUCUGUAGCUUUGGUUGAUUCAUCUGGCUGGGCUUUCAUUCUGACAUUUAGUUUAAGGCUUUCACAUUGUGCCAGAGAUUUGGGACGAGGCAACACUUGACUGAGUGGGAGAAGCCGGGAUACUAGGUGUACAUCAUGUCCUCCAUGUCUUUACCUUUCUACCAGAAACACCAUCGGCACUAUGACCGUGGAUAUCGCAGUAGCGAGCUGCAGUCCACAAUGCGAGAGUACCACCAGGAGGAGAAGCGCAGUAGUGCAGCCCACUCUUACGGAGUGAGAUCUUCCAAAUAUUCAGAUGAAAUGGUAGAAAGCUUCCCGGGAAGCCCCCUUUUGAAGCGGGCAAAGCAGAACUAUGAGGGGAAAGAGAAUGAAGUAACCGGCUAUGUUGUGCCCACCUUCAGAGGACGGCACCAGUACAUCAGUAAGAAUACCGCCACAGAAGCUGAGAGUAUGAAGUCGACUGCAGGAUACCAGGCUCAGAGGAAGUUCUACAUGGCAGACUCACAAUUCUCACAGAUGAAAGCCUCUGAGGAGCACACUGCAUAUCGCAGUGCCACAGCCUCAAACAAGUCAAGGAAAGUUGCCAUCCGGGAGUCUGCUGAGCGCAUUUCACUGAGUAAGAAGAUUCAUGAGAAAGAAGAAUUUCACAAAAAGAUGCGAGAGGACCUCCUGCUGCAUGUCCCUGAGUUCAUAAUUAAGCCGCGAUCCCACACGGUUUGGGAGAAGCAGAAUGUGAAACUGCACUGCACUGUCUCGGGAAAGCCUGAUCCUCGAGUCACCUGGUAUAAAAACAACGUCCCCAUCAACGUCCAUCAUGAUCCAGGCAAAUAUAUAAUCGACAACAAAUACAAUGUCCACUCCUUGGAGAUUAACAAUUGUAACUUUGAUGACACUGCCCAGUACCGUGUUUCAGCCAUGAAUGUUAAGGGAGAAUUGUCAGCCUUUGCAUCAGUAGUAGUGAAAAGAUUCAAAGGAGAGUGUGAUGAUUUCUCAUUCCAUCCUGGAAGAAUUGCACCUCUUGGUUACGAAUUUUACCCGGCAGAUUCUUACACCAAGUUUGAAAUACACAUAGUUGAAAAGUUUGACGUAUAUUUCGGGAAGGAAGAAGAUACAUUGAGCUUCGGAUGCACUGUCAUUGUUCACCCUAACUUGAAGCGAUUCCAACCAGAAAUCCAGUGGUGGCGAGAUGGUGUUCAGUUACAGCCGUCCAAGUGGAUGCAAAUGCACUGGAGUGGAGAGCGUGCCACACUAACGCUCACUCACAUGAACAAGGAGGAUGAAGGGCUCUACACAUUGCGUGUGGUGACAAAAUCUGGCUAUGAGCAGCACAGUGAAUAUGUGUUUGUAAGAGAUACUGAUGCCGAGGUUGCCGGUGGCCCAGGUGCCCCAUUGGAUGUGUAUUGUAUGGAUGCCAAUAAAGACUAUGUAAUUGUAACCUGGAAACAGCCAGCGGUAGAUGGUGGAAAGGCCAUCCUUGGUUAUUUUGUUGACAGAUGUGAAGUAGGCACCACUCACUGGAUUCAAUGCAACGACACCCCAGUGAAGUUUGCGCGCUUCCCUGUCACUGGGCUGGUGGAAGGUCGAUCCUACAUCUUCCGUGUACGCGCUGUCAAUAACGUUGGAAUCAGCAGACCAUCCCGUGUAUCUGAGCCUGUUGCAGCCCUGGAUCCUUCUGACAGAGCUAGAUUGAAGGGCAUACAAUCAGCACCAUGGACUGGACAGAUCAUUGUUACAGAAGAAGAACCAGCAGAAGGUGUUGUGCCUGGCAAACCAACAGAGCUGACUGUUACUGAAGCUACCAAGAAUUAUGUUGUCCUCAGCUGGAAACCUCCUGGUCAACGUGGCCAUGAAGGAAUCAUGUACUAUGUAGAGAAGUGCGUUGCAGGUGCUGAUGAUUGGCAGAGGGUUAAUGCAGAGAUUCCUGUGAAAUCUCCACGCUUUGCUUUGUUUGAUCUGGCUGAGGGCAAAUCAUACUGUUUCCGUGUGCGCUGUGCCAACUCCGCUGGCAUCGGUCCACCAUCUGAAGCAACAGAGGCUACUGUUGUGGGAGACAAGCUUGAUAUUCCAAAAGCCCCUGGUUGCAUUGUGCCCUCAAGGAACACUGACACCUCUGUUGUUGUCAGUUGGGAUGAGUCAAAAGAUGCCAAAGAGUUAGUGGGAUACUACAUUGAAGCAAGCAUCUCUGGAUCUGGCAAAUGGGAACCUUGCAAUAAUAAGCCAGUGAAAGGAAGAAGGUUUAUUUGUCAUGGGCUGCAAACUGGUCAGGUAUAUGUAUUCAAAGUCAGGGCUGUUAAUGCAGCUGGACUCAGUGACUUCUCGCAGGAUUCUGAACCAUUGGAGGUCAAGGCAGCUCUAGGAAGAGGAGUACCUCAUGGUGUGUGUCCUGAACAAAGUGGUAAAACUGAUGCACUAACAGAGAGGAGGGCACACUGGGAUGGAAUAACAGAAAGAAGUGCACUUUGGGGUGCAAUAACAGAAAAGAGUGCGCACUUGGAUGGCCUAACAGAAAGCAGUGCACAAGUGGAUGUAUUAAUAGAAAGUCGAAUACACACGGAUGAAUUAAUAGAAAGCAGUGUACGCUGGGAUGACAAGCAUGAGACAUCUCAGCUCGCACACGACACUGUACUAAGUUGUGAUGUUGUGCCUAACAGACGCUCGGUGCCCACUAGCCGUGAUAAUUUACCUUGCACAGUACCAGAUACACCAGAGAAGGUAAAUGCAGAAAUGGCACGUAAGUCUACCUUCAGAAGUCCAAAGGUAGAAGAUAUGCACAAGGAGAACGAUUUAGUUUCUCCAGACCCACCUUAUGGGAUCACAGUUCUUGAAAGUGUCCGUAACUCUAUGGUCCUGGGAUGGAAGGAACCCAAAUUCCAUGGAGGUUCUGAAAUCACUGGCUACUUUGUGGAUUACUGUGAAGUCAUUGAUGGCAUCUGUAGCAAGUGGCACGAAGGCCACAUCAAAGCCAUAAGUGAACGGGCAUACAGGAUUGAGAACCUAAAGGAAAACAUGGUGUAUCAGUUCCAAGUGCGUGCAUCCAAUGUGGCUGGGGUUGGUCUACCAUCUCUGCCGAGUGACAAGUUCAAGUGUGAGGAGUGGACCAUUGCUGUUCCAGGACCACCCCAUGAUCUCAAGUGCUCUGAGAUUAGGGAUAGCUCUCUGGUACUCCUCUGGAAACCUCCAGUGUAUGUGGGUCGCAGUGAGGUCACUGGUUACUAUGCUGACAUUCGGAAAGCAGAUGCAGAUGAAGAGGAUUGGAGAAGUGUUAACGAAAAAGCAACGGCAAACAAAUACAUCAAGGUUACAGGUCUGGAACACGGCAUGAAUUACAUCUUCCGCUUGCGAGCUAUGAACACGGCAGGUGUUGGAAAGCCAUCUGACAGCACAGAGCCAAUUACUGCAGAAACACGCCCAGGAACCAAGGAGAUGAUUGUCGAUGUAGAUGAUGAUGGAAUUAUAUCGUUGAUCUUUGAAUGUGCUGACGCAGGUCAAGAUUCCAAGUUCAUUUGGUCCAAAAAUUAUGAAAGCCUUAUUGAUUCAUCAAGAGUUUCCAUGGAGACCAAAGGCGGAAAGACAAGAAUGAUUUUCAAUGACCCAGGGAAGGAUGAUCUGGGCAUUUACUCCUGUGUUGUCACGGAAACUGAUGGAGCUUCUUCCAGCUACACCAUAGAUGAAGCCGAACUGCUGCGUCUGUUGGAAAUUAGUCACGAUCACAAAUUCCCAGUUGUACCUCUGAAGUCAGAACUAGCAGUUGAACUGCUGGAAAAAGGACAAGUGCGCUUCUGGUUGGAGGCUGAGAGACUCUCUGGCAAUGCAAAGUGUAAAUUUAUAUUUAACGACAAGGAGAUCUCAAAUGAUGAGAAAUACAAAAUAAAAGUAGAUCAAAAGACUGGUUUAUUGGAAAUGUUUAUGGAGAAAUUGGAGGACAUAGAUGAAGGAACUUUCACUGUGCAGCUCCAGGAUGGGAAAGCAAGUAACCAAUCCAGUCUGGUUCUGAUUGGAGACCUGUUUAAGAAUUUGCAGAAUGAAGCAGAAUUCCAGAGGAAAGAGUGGCUGAGGAAACAAGGUCCUCAUUUUGUUGAGUAUGUUGGAUGGGAAGUUACUAGUGACUGCAAUGUACUUUUGAAAUGCAAGGUGGCUAAUAUUAAGAAAGAGACAACUAUUAUCUGGUACAAAGAUGACAGAGAGAUCAUGUUUGAUGAUAAGCAUGACUUCAAGGAUGGUGUGUGCACUUUGUUGAUUCAACAGUUUUCGAAGAAGGAUGCCGGCAUGUAUGAGAUUGUGUUAAAGGAUGACCGAGGAAGAGAUUCAAGCACACUCCGACUUCUUGACAAAGAGUUCAGUGAAGUGAUCUGCGAAGUCUGCCGAAUGGCUGCUCAGACUGCAACAGAGGUGAAGGUGCAGAGUACGGAACAUGGUAUCAGACUCUAUUCAUUUUUGAAUUACUUCCUGGAAGACUUGAAGAUCAUCUGGUACCACAAAGAAACAAAACUUGCUUCCACAGAGAGAGUAAAGAAUGGUGUGACUGGAGAACAGCUUUGGCUACAGAUCAAUGAGCCCACUGAGAAGGAUCAGGGCACAUACACGCUUGAACUCUUUGAUGGAAAGACAGGGCACAAAAAGUUAGUUGAUCUGUCUGGGAAAGCAUUCGAUGAAGCCUUUGCAGAAUUCCAGAGGCUGAAGCAAGCUGCAAUUGCAGAAAGAAACCGUGCUCGUGUUAUCGGGGGUCUGCCUGAUGUUGUUACAAUCCAGGAAGGAAAGUCACUUAAUCUUACUUGCAAUAUCUGGGGAGAUCCCGUUCCUUCGGUCUCUUGGCUGAAAAAUGAUAAGGAACUGCUGGGAGACGCUCACCUCAUCCUGAAGUUUGAAGCUGGAAAGUUCGCUACCUUCACCAUCACUGAAGUCGGAAACACAGACUCCGGCAAAUACAGCAUUCUGGUGAAAAACAAGUAUGGGACGGAGACUGGCGACUUCACUGUAAGUGUGUUCAUGCCAGAGGAGGAAGAGGAGAAAGUGAAAGUGGACACUAAAAAGGCAGCAAAGAAAAAAUGAGGCGAUUGUUGAGAGGAAACUUGAUAGAAAACAGGCUCAAGCUAACAUAUAUAUUAUCAGCAGUGUGUAACUUUUUGCUGUGGAGGUUAGUUUAAUUUCUACUUGAAGAAACGGCGAAUAUGAGGGGAACGAUUCUCAGGCGGCAAUUUUAAAGACUUUCAAUGGCUGUGCUUUACUACUCACCGAGUGCAUCUGAAAAUUAUAACUUAGAGAAGUAGAAAUAUUGUUAGAUUAAACGUUAGCUGACCAUUUUCUUUCUGUCUCCCCCAAUUAAUCUCAAUGUGAGCACUGAACAACACUACGCUGUAAUGAUUAUAGAGUCCCAUUUGAUACACUAAUAAAUGGUGCACAUAUCCUUCACGUUUA